CCGGGACGUUCUCCUUCGUUCUACGUCUUGGACAUCGCGCGGGAGAGGGGGAAAGGAAGAUAACGAGGGAGCGCGGAAGAGGGGGAGGGAAGACAGCGAGAGAGCGCGGGAGCAGCUAAACACUCGCGUGAGAGAGAAGGAAGGCGGGACGGUGCGAUUACGCACGGGUACGAAGAAGAAGGGAGGUGGGCCAGGUGGCAAUUAAUUAAGAUUUAGGGAAAGUAAAGAGAAAGAUGGGGCGUUGUGGGGAGGGAUUGCGUCCUUACUACAAGGGGAGGAUUGAGGAAUUAGAGUUGUUAUUAAGGGACAAAAUUCAAAAUUUGCGGCGGUUGGAAGCGCAGCGCAAUGAGCUCAAUUCUAAAGUUCGCAUGCUCAGAGAAGAGCUGCAGUUGCUUCAGGAGCCGGGAUCGUAUGUGGGCGAAGUUGUCAAAGUUAUGGGAAAGACGAAAGUGCUUGUGAAGGUACACCCGGAGGGCAAGUAUGUGGUUGACAUCGACAAGAACAUCGAUAUAACGAAGAUCACGCCGACAACUCGCGUUGCUCUGAGGAACGAUAGCUAUGUCUUGCACCUUAUCCUACCAAGCAAAGUGGAUCCGCUUGUCAGCUUGAUGAAGGUGGAGAAGGUCCCUGACUCAACGUACGACAUGAUUGGAGGGCUUGACCAACAAAUCAAGGAAAUCAAAGAGGUUAUCGAGUUGCCAAUCAAGCACCCGGAAUUGUUUGAGAGUCUCGGGAUUGCACAGCCAAAGGGUGUGCUGCUGUAUGGUCCGCCUGGAACAGGCAAGACUCUGCUUGCGAGGGCUGUUGCUCAUCACACCGACUGCACUUUCAUCCGAGUGUCGGGCUCGGAGCUUGUCCAGAAAUACAUCGGCGAGGGAUCUCGUAUGGUGCGCGAGCUCUUCGUAAUGGCAAGAGAACACGCACCUUCCAUCAUUUUCAUGGACGAGAUUGAUUCGAUUGGCUCGGCGCGUAUGGAGGCGGGCAAUGGGAAUGGCGACUCCGAGGUGCAGCGGACGAUGCUGGAGCUUCUGAACCAGCUUGAUGGGUUUGAGGGAACAAAUAAGAUCAAGGUUCUGAUGGCAACAAACAGAAUUGAUAUCUUGGAUCAGGCACUUCUCCGCCCAGGAAGAAUUGACCGAAAGAUUGAGUUUCCGCAUCCAAAUGAGGAUUCAAGGUACGACAUUUUGAAAAUCCACUCGAGAAAGAUGAACCUCAUGCGUGGUAUCGAUUUGAAGAAGAUUGCUGAAAAAAUGGGUGGAGCCUCUGGAGCAGAGCUCAAGGCUGUGUGCACGGAGGCAGGCAUGUAUGCUCUGCGAGAAAGACGAGUGCAUGUGACGCAAGAGGACUUUGAGAUGGCGGUCGCGAAGGUCAUGAAGAAGGAUACCGAUAAAAACAUGAGUUUGAAGAAGCUCUGGAAGUAGACGGGGAGAGCUCGCAAGGACACCUUUGCUGGUGGCGAACCCCCCUUUUUGCGGGUUUUUGUUUUUUGGGCUUGGGACCAUUGAUUUGUGCUUUUUCGGUCGUCCGACCUUGGGCCGACACACUCCUCUCCUUCAAAAUCUUUCGAUUUGAUUGGGAAUGGAAGAAGAUGAAGGCAACACACUAAAUUGUUCAAAGUAUAUUCUGCAUUCACAAUGUGUCGAGUGACACCAUGAUUGCCGGCAACUUCCCUUGCUUGCUUGCAGUUGUUGUUGUUGUUGUUUUUUUUUUGCUUUUUUUUGGGGGGGGGUACCCUUUUUUAGUUCAGUGGGUGUGCAGUUCGGCACUGUUUUUUUUUCUGUUUUUUGUUAGGCACUGAUGCUGCUGUUGUGCGUGUACUUGCCGGUUGGUAUCUGAAUGGUAAAGUUCUUAGUGGCUGGUUGGUAUGACCAAGAGUUGGGGAAAAUGAAAAAAUUCAAAAAAUCAGUAGAACGGCGUGUACUCGCUUUUUUUGUGAAGAAUUGGAGGCCAGCUAGGGUUGUAAAGUGUUGGGGGGAUACCUUGGGGGGGGAGGGUGAAGCGGCUCCGGCGGUUGAACCGGGUCCGGUGUUAAUCGCACCAGGUUGUGGUCUGUUUGUUGUGGAGAAGAACUCGUGUCAGCUCUGCACGAAUCACUGCCCCGAUCUGAUGGGUGCGGCGGUUUUAAAGAGCACUUGUACCUCGUAUUGGAUGUGUUUUUUUUGUUGUUUUUUGUUUUCUCCUUUUCCAAUUUCCUUCCCUGCACCGUGAUGUGCCAACUGUUUCACAGGUCGUGAUAAUGGUUUCAAUUUCGAGAGAAAAAUUAAAUAAAAGAACGACUUUCAGGAAGUCUGCGGGAAAGAAAUGGAGAGGCAAUAGGAAAGA